AUGGCAACAAAAAUACACCCAAAUGAAGGAGAUUUAAAUCUUCUAAUUGAGAAUUUAAAGGAGAGGGUUUUUUGUUUGGAAAAUAUCUUUUUUGAAUUUAAAUUAAAUGAUCAAAAUAAUUUAUCAGAACUUUCAUCAAAACUUUCAAUGUUGGAUAAGGCAAAACUCUAUAUAACACUAUGUUAUGCAAUAAAUUCAUUGAUUUUUAUGAUUUUAAAAUUAAAUCAGGUUGAUCUUAAGAAUCAUGCAGUAAUGAAGGAGUUAAAAAGAGUUGAAGAAUAUGUUUUGAAGAUUAAGGAGAUAGAAAUGUUAUUUUCUAAAAGAACAAUGGCAUUAAAUAAACAAGUUGCUAGUCGUAUUAUAGCCCAUGAUCUUUCAGGAAAUUUAAAGAAUGAUAAUAAGAAAGAAUCUCUACAUAUUCAGGACUGUUUAAAUCUAAAUAUGUCAUCUAAAGGAAGAGUUCAUAUAAAAUUUGAAGAAUCAAAUGCAAAAUUGUCAGAGACUUGUUUAGAUGCUAAACAAAUCAAAAUUGAAAAAGAUAUAGGAACGAGUACAAAACAUUUUCAAGAUUUGAUGAUAUCUAUGGGCUCUUAUUCAAAAACUCAAAACAGGACAUCUAAAAAACAAAAAAAAUAUAAAACAUCUGAAGGAUAGGAUAUUAAUAUAAUAUUUUUAUAUUAAGGAAUAUUUUUGAAUAAAUGGAAAUUUGAGCGUAUGAAUCAUAUAAUAUAAUGAAUAGAAUUAUUUAUCUAUAAUAAAAUCGUAGUGUCCAGGACGAUACAAAAGACAUAUUGUUAUUGGGUUUUCGUUUUCUACUGUAAACUCAUAUUUUUUAGCUUGGUCUGAAUCACUUCUGUCGAUAUAAUAAAUAUGGAUGCAAACCUGAUUUGAUUAGAAAAAAUUAAAAUUAUUGACAAAUAUACUUGAAGUGCUUUGGAUAAAGCAUUGAUCAUGACAUGAUCUGCUUCCUUUCCAAUGCAUUCUAUAGUGUUUUGACAAAAAGCAAAGACAUCAGCCACACUAGGAACAUCUAGAAAUGGUGCAUAUUUAUGGGCGUUUUGUUUAAUAUAAGCACUUGUCAGAAAGCGAAAAUAUACAACAAUAGCAUUGCUUUUCUCAGGAAUGUUCAUAAGAAAGACUUAAUGCCAACAACGCUUCUUCAUACAAGUCUUCAUACGAUAAUAAUUCAAAACCACUUUUCUGAAGUAGUUCUGUUGUUCUACUAAAUUCAAUUAUAUUCUUUUCAGAAUCUCUUGGUGUUUGAUGCAUUAAUGUCCAAAGCCAUCCAAAACAUAAAGCUAAUAAAGAUAAGUAUAAAAUAAUUAUUAAGUUUUAUGAUCACCUCGAUAAAAACAAUCACCAUCUCGUUUUAUCCGAUAUAAUGACAUGUUUCCUAAGGCCUUUCUAGCAAUCAAUCAUUAAUUAAUAGGAUAUGUCAAUAUACUUUUAUUUUUUUAUAAAAAGUCUCAUUUUCUUGAUAUUCUUUCAGUAGCUCUUGGAUGGGAAUACAGUCAUGAA